AUGGAGUUGGCACCUCAAAAACAUCUGUGGAUCGAGACAGACCUGCGGGACACGCAAGACGUCCCAGAGCUUUCGCCGGGGGAUGGCAUACUCUGGCUGGUUGCGGCUUUGGCGCAAGUCUGCCAGGAGUACGCUGCCGACUGCUCCGCGAAGAUUGAGAGCGAGGUGCCCCGACCAGCCCCGCCAGUGCAAACGCACCGUCGGCAAGAGGUCCCUGCACGGGUCGACUCGCGAAAGGCAGACCGGAUCGCAAGCAAGCUCGUCCAGCAACCGCAGCCGAUGCCUCUGAACGUCAUCAAGAUUUGUUGA